AUUCUGAAAAUGGGUUCUCAAAAGUUGGUAUUAUGCUUCCUGAAUCCUGCUUGAUGUGGGCAAUUUCAGCAAAUAUUUCUUCGUAAUAUUCACUGCCGCCAUCUCUGGUCUUCUAUCUGCAUGUUAAGUUUAUCUCACUUUUUUAAUUUGAUUACCAUGUCAGGUCCUCGUGGACCACACUGAUCAGAAUCUUGAAGCAGUUCCACAUUCAACUAUUACACCAAAUUGGACAAUCAAUGUUUCCGAUGUGAGGAACAAAGAUAUUAGAAAUAAAUUUCAUUGGUGCUAUUAAUAACAGUGCUUCAACCAUGAUUGACUAUUAUAUAUAAGCAUUUUUAGACUUCUAAUGACUUUCCCUUUAGCUUUUGGUCAACAACAAUAAACCAGUUAUAUAGCAGCGGCAGAAGGUCAUUAGUAUUAAAGUAGUGAAGUAUUAUUAUUGCUUGUGGUAAAGAUUUUGAAUCCACUAGUGAAGACUCGGAACUCUGUCAAUUUCAGGGACAAACAUUUUCAUAUCAAUCUGUCACAUAAGGACAAAGAUUUUCUUAUAAAUCUGUCUCAUAACCAGUUAUCAUGCCAUUUGAUUAUUUGGUGGCAAGUUUUUUAUACAAAACUCUGUCAUGCUGCCAUUCCAGAUUCAUGGAACUCUAUACGUACUAAGAACAGUUAAGGUCAGCAAUAUAUCUUUAGCUGUUUCCGAGAGGGAUAUCAAAGAAUUCUUUUCCUCCUCUGGUGACAUUCAGGAGACUGAGAACACUCAGCUUGCUUUUGUUACUUUCAAGGAUUCACAAGGAGCAGAUACAGCAUCGCUUCUUACAGUGUGUUCAUCUAGCAUGUUGGGAGUCUUAUUUUGAAAACUUGUCGUACUUAGUUCUUUUAAGAGCACUUGAUGCUAACAUAUGAACUUUAUUAGCUCUCAUCAUGUUAAACUAAAUGAAAUGAGACAUCAAAGUUUGCAAAGAGAAUAAAUUAAUUUAGUGAAA